UUAAUACAACCUUGUAUAAACUAUUGGAGCGCACGUGUUGGCUUGUCGGUAUAUUUUUAUAACUUCGUGGUUGAUUGUUUGCGAAAAGUAUCGAAAAAAUGGUUAAAUUGCAAAAAUCUUUAAAAAAACCUUUUAAUUUGGUUGAGAAGAAGAAAAAAAAGUUGGCGGCCCCACCUCUUGCUGGAAUUUCAAAAGCAAGUAAAAAAGUUAAACCAAUAAUUGCUAUUGAAAAUUCGCCGCCGAAAUCCAAGAAGGCAAAAUUAGCAAAUGUUGUUAUUAAAGAUGCUGAGGUUGUGGCGCCGAUAAAAAAAGAAAAGAAAGAAAAAUUAAAAAAAGAACUUGGAUCAAUAAUUGCUGCUGAAAAAUCGUUGGAGAAUUCCAAGAAGGUAAAACUGUCAAAAGGUGAUAUCAAAGAGGUUGAGGUUGUAGCGCAUUCCAAAAAGGGAAAGAAAGAAAAAUUAAAGGAGGAAACCAACAAUGCAUCUGCUAAGCCAGAAAAGGGAAAGCCUGGUAAAGGUACGGGAAAUAAAAUGGAGAAACCACAGAAACGGCCAUUGGUAUUGGCACCACCUGAGUCUCCUGCAGUACCAAAAGCUUCAGCAUCUCAAAUUCAAGACAAGUCUUUUGUUAAAAGCAAGUCUAAAGCCCAAAAGAAAAAGAAUCAAAAAGUAAGCUCUGCUCCAGACGGCCAAAAAACUCCCUUAACAAAUUUACAGAAGAAAAAAGCUGCCAAACGAGAAUAUAAAAAAAAGCAAAUUAAAAACAGGCGUGAAAACAAAACUAAAAAAACUAAAAAGGCGGCGCCAAAACGUUUAUUUACUGCCCCACCAUUCGAUGAAGAAAAGUUUAACGCCAUAGUAUGUGAAGAUAAUGUGAAAAAAAUUGCAAAGGGUUUGAAAACACUGGUUAAAAAGGAAGUGUCUGAAAAGAAGACUGCUAUAUUCAGUGACUAUCAAUACUUCCUCAAUGUCGCCUGCUUCAAGAUACCAAAUGUUCCUAAACGGAUUGUUAAACUUAAUUUGAAGCAUUCCUUGGUUGAUAAAGACGAUGAUGUUGCAAUUAUUGUUUCUGAUUUGCAACGUGGCGCUAAAGUGGAUUAUGAUCCAACCAUUCAGCAUUAUGAGGACAUAUUCCGUGAGGCUGGCAUUGAAGGACUAACUAUUAUCCCAUUUAAUAAACUUAGGAACGAAUGUAAUACGUUUGAAACAGUGCGCAAAUUUGGAAACACAUAUGACUAUUUCUUAUGUGAUGGCCGUUUGGUAGGUCAUGCAUCCGGUUUUUGCGGCAAGGUGUUCCAAAAACCGCGUACUACUUUCCAUUCCGUGCGUAUGGAGAAUCAAAAAAAUUUGAAACGUGAGAUUGAGAAAUCUCUACGCCGUACGGCUUAUAAGCAAUUGGAAAAAGGCGACCUUGUAUCAAUUCCAGUCGGUAAUCACAAAUUCACCGAAGAUCAAUUAGCUGAAAACAUAAUGCAUGUAAUGGAGCAAUUAAAGAACACUUAUCCAGGUGGUUUAGCAAAUAUACGCGGCAUUUAUCUAAAAAUUAGUAUUGCUGGAACAUCUUCAUUGCCAUUAUAUCUAAGCGCUGCAGAAGCACCCGAAGAAACACCAUAUGUGGUCGGUCCGCGUGAGAAACGCAUGCUAAAACUGAAACAUGAAGCUAACGAAGUAUUGUCUAAUUUCAAUCUUACCAAAGAGGGCAAUUUAUUGAAGCUAUCAAAACCGGACAUAGAGCGCAAACGAAAAUUAAAGGAAAUGCGCGCAGCAAUGGAAGCGGAAAGUUCAGCAGAUAAGACCGAUGGUAAACAAUCCGUUAUACCAGCAAAGAAGUCUAAAAUUGAGAAAGGCGUCGUUAGCAGUACCAAAGGUGACAAGGAUAAAGGCAAGGAUGAUAAACCAAGCGUAGAGCAACAGGAUGAUGAAGAUGAUGAUAAAGAUGGAGAACAGGAAGAUGAGGAUGAGAAUGAAAGUGGCGAAGAUGAGGAUGUUGAAGAAGGUGAUAGUGAUGAGGAGGGAGAUGACGAUGAAGAGGGAGAAGAUGGCGAGGAUGAUGAUGACGAUGAUGAGGACGACGAAGAAGCUGGUGAUGAUGAGGAAAAGGAGGAAGAAGAUGAUGAUGAUGAUGAUGAUGAUGACGACGACGAUAGUGAGGAAGGUGGUGAUGAGUAAUUUCAAAACAACGCUUGUUUUACCAUAAGUCUGCAUAUUAAAUUAAGUUUUUAAUUACGAAUGAAAAAUUGUGAAAGAAAUAAGAAUAAAACUUAAAAUGAUGAAUUG